AUGUCGUCAAAAGUGUUCAUCAUCACUGGUGCCAGCCGAGGCCUCGGACUGGCUGUCGCCCAGUACUUGGCCCAGGCCUCACACCGAGUUUUCCUUGUUGCCAGGACGGAGAAGGACCUGCAAGCUUUCAAGGCCCAGCAUGGCUCCUCCGUCGAGUACCUGGCUGUUGAUCUCGCGGACUGGAAGGUUGCACCCCGGAUCAUCGAGUCGGCCCUGCAGGCUUUUGGCAGGGUAGAUGGCGUGGUCGUGAACCAUGGCGUUCUCGCCCCCAUCACUAGGAUAUCCGAAUCGAAUGUCGAGGAGUGGCGAAAAGCCUAUGAUAUCAACGUCCUCAGCGCUUUGGCACUUGUCAAGGAAGCCAUCCCCGAGCUUCGAAAGUCAAACGGCCGGGUGGUAUUCAUUUCUACUGGCGCCGCAUUCGGCGCAUACUCUGGCUGGGGAUCUUACGGCACUUCCAAGGCAUCGCUCACUCACCUUUCUGCUCAUUUGGCCCUUGAGGAGCCCGCUAUUACGAGCGUCGCCAUCUCUCCGGGUAAAGUCGAUACAGACAUGCAGAAACAGAUAAGAGAGGGGGGGAAGGAAGCCAUGACGCCGGACUUGCAUGCCCACUUUGUCGAUGAGCAUAAGAGCGGCCGACUCCUCGAUCCCAAAAAGCCAGGGAAUGUCAUAGCCAGGCUUGUCGAGGGCGCCACUAAGGAUGUGAAUGGGAAACACUUCAGGUGGAACGCACCUGAGCUGGCCAACUUUCAGGAUGUCUGA